GCGGUAGUAUUGUAUAUGCUGUUUUUAGGUGGAGCGCUUAAUGGGUGUAGAAAAUUCAGCAUUACUGAAAAUCGCCAAGUGAUUGGGAUGUAUGUGCACAAAGUUCGCAUUCCGAGCUUGGUAGUUAUCACGUCGUGAUCAUUGUUUCUCCGCCGUAGUUCUAUUACGCUAUAUUUUUCUCAUGCGCCGCGUAUUAAGGAAUGUAAUAUGAAGUAUGUGAUCCAGGAACCGUAUACCCCUAUAGCGGCUUCCCAGCGUGCGACAGCAUCUGCAUGUUAAUGGUUCAUGACUUGUUACAGGCAUCUCUGGCGGCGACGUACAAGUUCAAGUUCACGUGGCACAAGUACACAAGGAUACAGCUAUCGAUCAUGCCUCUAUUGAAGAUAUGGAGUGCGGAUCACACAAUAAAAAAGAUGAUCACCGCUGAAACAAUGGCUGAUGUUAUCGAGAAAGCAGAGGAAUACGGGAUCUGCAACUCAUGCAGUGCAAAGGUGUUUCUUGUUGAUUGGACGGAACUUGACGAAACAGUAUUCCAAGAAGUUGUUGCUCAGCUACCAAUGGACCAGAGGAUUUUCAUUGUUGCAGAAAUUGUGCCACCUGCAAGUCCUCCUGUGCAAGACGUCCCAGAAUCAAACAGUACACCUGUACGAGAGCCAACCAGUGACAUCAACAUCCAUGUAUCGACAGAGAAGCUUCCCAAAGAUCUUCAGGGCGCAUUGAGUACAGCAGCAUCUCCUCUUCACCCUAAACAUCGAAGGGAACUAGUCCGUUGUGUUGUUGACCAAAUGCUAGCUGUGUGCUCUAGGCCAAGAAGAGAACUUAUUAGGAGUGUGGCUGAGGAAAUAGUCAAGGCAUACCCAGCUGCUCUUGAAGAUAGGAGCAUCAAUGGCUCCUUGCUUGGUCGUGGCUAUGACUCAUUGUUUCAACAACUUGAGGCGAGAGUAGAAAAUAUUCAUCGAGGCAAGCGAGGAAUCCCAUCAUCGACUCCUGUGUCGACACAGAAGAGCGCAAAGAUGUCGUACGGCUGCAUGAAUUGGCAGCCGCGGCCGGUUUUACACACUGAUGAGCUUGAUGAGAAGCAGCAAUUUCUUCAGCGUGAAGCGCGGAAAAGUCCAAAGGACAUGGAUUUGUCUUUAGCCAUGGUGUACAUGGAAGAUACAUAUGGAGCACAACGGCAAUUCAUAAACAGUGGGAGUCCUGUGCACCAUGCUACAGAAAUCAAGAGAGAGUGGCCACUGUUGUUUCACCGUCCCUUCUUCUACAAGCACGUUGCACAACUUCUUGGAAAGGAUGCCAAGGAUGGUUUCCAGGCGUCAUUGCGAGGUGACGCCCCACUGCUGUUUAAGCACAUGAAAAGUGUAGUAAAGAGGGAUGUCAUCGAAUGGGUCAUCGAGACAGAGCGGGAGGUGUCAAAGGGCUGCAAGAACGCAAAGGAGGUGGCAUUUGUGCCAUUGUUGGCUGCGUAUUUUGGUGACAAAGAAGAGGCCCUCUUCAAGGUUUUCGAGCAUGGUACAAGUAUAACAGAAGUAGUUUCUGAGUUGCCACCUACGCCCAUCGUUGCCGCACUAG